UUGGUUGAAAAACGCAGCAAGCGUGCGCGCAUUGCGUCAGCUGAUUUGAUCUGGUGAAAAUUAAUUCUCAAAAAAUGUAUAAAUUUCGGUCGUCACAGAGCCGUUAUAAAAAACAUUCAUUCAAAUUGGGACGGUAAGGUCGAGUCGAGUCUCCCACGGCAAAGCGAGUGCUUCGGUGACAAAGGAAAAGUGGACUAAAAUAUAUGUAAUUUACUGACUUGUGGUGAUUUAAUUCCAUACUACCGGAAGUUUUUUAGUACACGUCAGGUUUCCGAAAAUGGUUGUAAAUACGUUGGCUCUGAUUUCAAAACUCGUGCGCGAGCAGUGAAUUUAAAAUAAAAACAAAGAAAUCGGACCUGGGGGUCAUGACAACUGACUUAAAAUGAAGCCAACGCUUUCGUGUAUUUAUUCUAUUCUGCUUCUCACGUCCGUCGUAUCCAGCGCACUUUUGUUCAUAAUCGUUGCUUCCGAAGGGACAAAAGGAACAAAGAAUACUUAUGGCAAUCGCAAUAAGGGAAGUUCCGGAGUUUCUGCUAACACUACCAUUAACGUCAGUGGUGGAGAUGAUUUUGAUUCGCAUGUCACAUUCCCAAGUCCAAUUGGAGGUCAGAAGGGAACGCAAAGAAACAUCGACGAUUUGGAAAAUAUUGUGAGAGAAGCGGAAGAUGCAGUGCCUCACCCUAACCCACCCAUAAAUGGUGAAAAAACAGCAAAGGAGCUUCCUGAGCUAGAUCUAUUCGGCGAGGUUUUAACUCAACAGCCAAAUCUAUCUCAAGGCAUUCCCGAAGCUGACCAGGCGGUGGUCCUCACGUUGGUGGAUACCGCAGCCGCCGAACUUCAGAGCUUAACCGAACCAAGGAUAUCGUUGGAUAAACUGGGAAAUAAAUCAGUUGUCAAUAACCUGAGCCUCGCCCUGGGCAACUCUGCGAGAGUAUCGGAACCAACUGAGCUAUCAUCAUCGUCGGAACUUCCAACAUCGACGAAUUUGAAAACAGAUAAAAGCUUGGAAAUAUUACAAAAUCUGACCACGAAUGGAGAAGAGCAACCGGUAGAGCACGGAGACAAACUGACGGGUGAACAAAUCGUCUCUGACGAGAACGACACUCUCGACGUGGUAAUCGUAAGGGCGGAUCAAAGCACCGGCAAGGGCGGUGAAGAAGAGGUGAUAGUAUCUGCGGAGGAAUCACUAGGUACGGAAGAUAGAAUUGAAAACACCUCGGAGCUCCCGGAAAAUGAGGCCAGGGUGAGACUGAGUGGCGGCUCCGCCGAGGACGCAAGUGUUAUGCUCGAUGUUUUGGUUACCGCAACGGGGACCGAUCCUCACGAAGAUAUACCAUCGUUCAGCGAAUGGGCACAAAAGAGACUCGAGGAAGCCGAGAAGAAAAAAUCGCACCCUAAUGCUUCUUCCCAAAACCCUGGAGGUCCUGGAGGACGAGGAAUAGGAAGUACAAAAGUCAGAUCCAAAAACUACGCGUCACCGGAUUGUGGAGCAAAAAUCGUUGCGGUUAAUCCAGAGGCAGGCAGUGCAAGCAGCGUUUUGAGUUCAUCGAGGGAUGAGUACAUGCUCAACACCUGCACAUCUCGUGUAUGGUUUGUAGUUGAACUCUGUGAAGCUAUACAAGCAGAGAAAAUUGAGCUGGCUAACUUUGAACUGUUCAGUUCGUCACCCCGAGAUUUUUCGGUGUUUGUCGGAGAUCGUUUUCCGACCAGAGACUGGAGCGUAGUCGGUCAAUUUGCAGCAAAAGAUGAGCGCGACAUUCAAAGCUUUGCUCUUCAUCCCCGACUCUUUGGGAAGUUUAUUAAAGUUGAGCUUCACUCUCAUUAUGGCUCAGAGCACUUCUGCCCUGUUUCUCUCUUUCGAGCCUAUGGGACCAGUGAGUUUGAAGUCCUAGAAACUGAGAACCAAAUACAAGAGUCCCUUGGGGCCGAGGAUGAUGACACCGAAGAAGAAGAGGAAAUGCUGGAUAUUGACACUGGAGAUCCUCCACGAAAUUUAUUUGGCAGUGCGCGAGAUGCGGUCUUGAGCAUUGUGAAAAAGGCCGCCGAAGUCCUUGUCAAAUCAGGGAAUACAGUGAACAAUAAUACCCAGAUUCGCGCUGGCAUUGAAGACACAAUACUGCAAAAUUCGCUCAUUGCAGCAUGCAUGACGCCACGGUACACCGUCCUUUGCUACAAUUGUACAGAAACAAUGUUUGCUAAAGUCUUCCAACUAGUCAGCUGCAAUGAUCAAUAUCUUGAUUUAUUACUGCACAACAAUUUUGUUAACAAAACUCUUCAUCAGAGUGAGAUCUGCCCUUUGCAUGGCAUCCAAGUCAAGGAAGUAAAAAAUUCUGAUGACUUGGCGUUAACGAAAAACGAACCAGCAGCUAGAUUCGUUACCUCGUUGUUUCCUCCCCAAUAUCCACUUGCUCUAUGCAAUGUUCUUGCGGCCAGAGAGAGCAGGGUUAUCGUGAACAACAGUUACUAUGUAACCGGGAACAAUUCUGAGGGUGCUGCGGCUCUUGAAGAUGCUUUGCUUGUCCCACCACAGGGAUUGCUCUCAAGCUGUGAAGGUUCGCCUUCUUCAGCAAGUUCGCAAUCCAGCUUCUGUGUAUCGGAUAUUAGUUCCUCAGCUUGCAAAACAGCUGCUACAUUUGAACAGCAGAGUCCUGGUAUCGAACCCUCUACACCACUGCCAAACGAUGUUGCACCCUCAACAGAAAAUCUUGGUUCACUAAUUAGGCCGACUAAAACCAUUACUAAGGAUGAUGGCUCAAACAAGGAACCGGUCUCUUCUCCCUUACUUGAACCCAGCCAAAAAUCCGCUGAAGAAUCCACAUUUUUUGAGCCUCCCAUGACUGCUUCUGUAGUCCCCAAUCAUCAAGCUACUAUUGCUGAUAAGAUCUCCGAGGACCCUGGGAUUCAAGGCACAGCAUUUGAAACAGCCCCUCACACACUAACUGCAACUUCACCAGUAGAAACGAACACUGAGUCUGGCGAUAUUUCGGGAGACACAGAAUCGGGUGAAGCGAUACUUUCAGAAACUGACACAGAAACUGAGGCCGACCGCGAUCAUGAAAUAAAAAUAUCGCCACAAGAUCAACUCAGUCUGGACACACUAUUAUCUGACCUCAAGGACCUCGACACUGACUCAGCUGCACUUCAAAACAACCCGGCAGCUCCUAGUGCAACGCUAUCUCAACCUACUCCCACACCCCAACAAAAGGAAUCAGUCUUUUUGAGGCUCUCUAACAGAAUAAAGACCUUGGAGCGGAACAUGUCGCUUAGUGGUCAAUACCUUGAGGAACUUAGUAAAAGGUAUAAGAAACAAGUAGAGGAAAUGCAGCGUUCAUUGGAACGUGCAAUUGCAGCAAUGGGUGAAGAGUCGCGACGUGCGGAGGAACGAGAAACGAAAAGACAAGGAGAGAUAACGGAUUUGAAGGAACAAGUUUCAACCUUGACUAGAUCCCUUAGCACGCUUUUGAGCGAUAGAGACAGCUGGCGGAGUAAAUUCUCUAUGAUAGGCCAACAUGUAGUCCUGAUCUGUGUCGAAAUCGUGAUUGUUCUUAUGGUGUUAUCAUAUUGCCGGAGGACUGGAGAUCUUGACGAGGACGUUGAGAUAUCUACUGAGUCCCAGGUAAGAAGGCGAAAAAGUGUCGGAGGAACUAACGAGUGCGUGACAUCAAAGAAAACGAAAAAAAGACGUCCGAGCGAGAUUGCAUCCCACGUAUCUGGCACGUAUCAUGAGCUUAUGAUCGAAGAUUCUGCUGUGUCAAACGAAGUCAGGAAGAAGGAGAAAAGGCGAAAGCGAAAACGAGACUCUAUCGGCAAAGGUUCAGUUGUGACUGUAUCAAAUUUUCCAACGAUCAAACCCAUCCGCAGGGAAAACUUCAACAUUAUACCUGGUGGUACCAAUCUUCCUUCAAGACGAGCUUCAUCUUCAGACGCGACAAAAUUACCUGGAAAAGAGAAUUUUGUGACUGCUGAUGUUCAGCAGCGGCCGGAGUCUGCUCCAGAAACCUGUUUGGGUUGGUUCAGCGAACAAGAACAGCCCGAAAAGACUUCCGGAUCUGUAGUUUCCAGGUGCACGGUUUCUGUUACGUCCACGGAGACGCCAAGAAGUCCUCAGCGUACUUAUGAUCCCCACAGCCACGGAAUCGAAAAUAUUAUAGAAUCUCGGUCUCUGUCUGAAGUCAUAAAACCAAAAAGCAACAGCCAAAAGGACUCUGAGCAAAAGAUACUACUACCAGGAAAGCCUGAAGGCAUUCUGAAAAAUCGGCGACUUCCUGCACCUGCAUUCAUGAAGACUGCACUAGAGUCGAGAAGCAGAAGAUUGUCAAGUAAAAAAAACUUGUUGAUGGAACCCACGUUGCAACUUAAAUCAGAUAAUUGGGAAUGGUACUCGAAGAAUUCCGGCAGCAGAUCUAGUCAAGAGGAUAGAGAAUCGCCGAUACCAUCGGCGACGGUCCAAGUUGGAGGUGAAGGGAUGAAUGGGUCCUUGGCGAACAAUCGAAAAUAUGAAGACAGCGAUGACUUGGGAAGCAUAUGCGGGACGCCGACUUCUGGUUCAAUAAAGGAAAAAAAAACAUAUGGCCUUAAGAAAAUGGUAAAAAAACUUUUCUGAUUAAACUGAAUGGCGUCGCAUGACGUACUAGAAGGCUAUGUUGUUCAUGUGUAGCAAUUGAAAAGAAGACAAAUUUUGAAAUAACUGUUUGAUGUGGCUAACUUAGACAGUUUAUUAGUUUCACCCUCUAACUAAACUGCCAGUUAAACUUGAAUACGAGUCCGUGGCCGAUUGAGAAUUACUUUCGAAAAUUAGCUGUGAAUAGCUUGAUUAGACAUUGAUUGAAAUACAUCCAUAGGUCAUUUAGGUAGGUAGGUUAUACAAUUAAUUAUUACCGUUGUAAUUUUUUGUGUGAGGCUUUGGAAGCUUAUAUGAAAGACAAAUGAUCGAUGUUAUCAUAAGCAGAUAUCACGAAUUCCACCAAUCGAAAAUUCAUCGUUGUUGAUUAAACGUUCAAAUUAUUUAUCCACUUCGUUAUCUUUUAGUGGUAAUUAAAAGUGAACCAAGAAGCUUAUUUUCUCCUAUUGGAGUGUAUCAUUCUGUUCGUUAUCGUAUAAACUCCACAAUUGUUGUUUAUAACUACAUGUAUUGAUACACUCUUACAUACAUAUACAUAUAUAUAUAUAAAACAUACCUCUAGUACCUAUAAAGAGAUCAAAGUCUUGACUAGUUGACGAAAAUCAAAGAAGACAAUGUUAAAAUAUUUAUUGUCGGUAAUUUACAAAUAUAUGUCCUUAUAUUGUAGUAAAAUAAUGCACGCUGUGAUAUUGUAAGCUCUAUUAAGUGCACAAGGAGAGAUUCAAAGAAACUGAAUGAAAAUUACUUUGGCAAAAUUGUACAAAGUGGAAAUUGACAAUUUAAGGAGGUUGGUUCCCCAUAGCAACAUAGUUGGCAAUUGAAAGGAGUCAUAAAGGAUACUGAUUGAUAUAGUCGAUUGCUGUUAUUCUACUAGAUUUUGAGAACUUUGCUCUUUGGUUUUUCAAAAGAUUGAGCUCGAGCAUAACACAUUAUGCUUCAACGUAAAUUUGCGAUAUGAGUCAUUAGCGAGCAUGUGCGCGAGCUGAAGACGAAUAUUGAAAAUACACGCGGUAAAAGAGAUUUUGCCUCCAUGGUACUCACGAUACUUUACCUGACCAAAAUCUGGUUCACACUUUUUUUUUUACAGCGAAGUAAAAAAAAAAACAGCACUUUCCAAUGUUAGGACGUAAAAGUUCACUGUUUUGGGUUCUCAUGCUCUUUUUUUUUCGUACUAUCGCAGAAACUAUUACUUUACGUACACACCGUCGGUAAAAAAAAAAGCGUGAACAUACUUGUAAUACAUCAGAAUAAUAUUUUCAAUCUAAUACUUGAGGAUAAUCAACAGAAGCUUAAACAACGCCGUGAGCUUAUUAUUAACCCGUGAGUUACUAUCCCUACUCUUCUAAGUGACUGCAAGGGCGACCAACCCCCAUAAUCUUUACUCAUACACCUCCGAGUACUUAAUUAUUGCAUUUAAAGACGAUUAUGAUUGAGCAACGUUUCUGACCAAGUCAGAUAUAUUUAUUAUUUGUACACGUUUGCGUAAUAACGAAUUGAAUUUACAUGACUUUAAUAGU